AUGGUGCUAUUGGAAACGGCCAGCACCAGUGGUGUGCACCCCGUUCAACAGCUGCUUCAUAAAGUUGUCUACUGCGUUAUUUACUCAGUCUAUUUUGAUAACUUGAUUGCUGCCAUCAACAUCACCGACGGUGGUUUACUCAUUGCCCAAGGUGCUGCAGCCCAAUUUGGGUUUCAAGAGCAAGUGUUGGCGAUGUGGACGUUGUCAGUGAUCGCACGUGGAGCACCUUGGUGGGCUGCUCUAGCGUCUUGGAGCAAGAAGCUGCGGCCAGUGGUCCUACAACCAGAUAUGGCCACGCGUGGUGGCUAA